UCAGUCAACUGUUUAGAAUAUACUGGUGGUGUUGUUGGCACAGCGAUCGCCCUUCGUCUCAUUACCUUCCCUCUCUUUGCAAUAUCCGAAAAAUUGGUGGCUAAACGGAUGAUUGCAAAUCAACUUAUUAGGAGACAAGUUUAUGAGGAAGCCGCUGCACAUUAUGGAGAAAAAGCCGUCGUUGAUCCUGAAACUGGUAGAAUGACGUUGGCUAUGCCUGCAAAAAUUUCAAAUUAUGAACAUUUGAGAAGGAAUGCAAAAUUGCAAAAAAUUGAAGAAUUGUGUUAUAAAACCCAAUAUGAAUAUGCUUUGGAAAACAAACUUCAACUCAACCGGAUUUUCAAUUUGAAAAUUUGCACAUUUCCUUUGUGGAUGCACACUGCAAUAGCCUUGAGGACAAGCGUUGAUUUCGAAACUUCCUCAAAAUUUGUUGGCUUUUUGUGGGUGCCUUCUUUUGCCCAUGCUGAUCCCUACAUGAUUUUACCUUUAACUUUUUGUGCUCUAUCUUUCAUAAAUCUUUAUACUGGAAAAUUAGUCCAUGUUGUCUCAUUGCAGUCUACGCCUAAAAAAUUGUUUGCUUAUACCAUGACUGGUUUGACUAUUGCUAUUUCUAUUGGAAUAACUUAUGUGCUUACAGAAAUGCCGGCGAUCCAAUCCCUCUAUAUGUGCACAAUUCUUUUCACAUCAAUUAUCCAAACGUUGGCUCUUAGACAUCCCCGAGUUAAAAAUUUAUUAGGAAUUGGAAGGCUUCCAACAGAUUCAAAAACACCUUUCCGUGAUUUGUUUAAAAGAAGGCGAAUAAUUAUGCCUUCAAAUAUUAUUUAA